AGGACAGCAGCACCAUGCAGGCUCAGACCGGAAGUUGUUGCGGUAGAGACCGCGGUUUGUUCCUGCAGCUGCACAGAAGACUAGCUUCAUGCAAAUACCGAGAGAAGUCACACUCGACUGCCGUCUGCGUUUCUCUUGAGAUAGAUGUGGCAGCUAUGUAUGUAACAUCCUGGACGCAGUGCGAUAAGAUAUAGCAGUUUGGCUUCACUGCGGUUAAACUCAAACUGACAUUGUUUAUCACAUUGUACGGGAGGAAAGCGCGCAUCUCUCCAGCUUUAACCUCGCGCGCGCACUCCUGUGGCAAGUGCGUUGGCCGUGUGUUGAAUAUAUCUUCUGCAUUUUCUCUGAGACACACUCCCGAAGAGGGCGGAGACGGAGGAUUUCUCCCGGUUUUCCUCAUUAAUAUUAAUUUAGUAACGUGACUGGACGCGUCGGGAGCGCGUUGUUACGCGUUGCAUCCACACGCUAGUCACGUCGCGGUUCAAUGGCGUCGACGCACGGCUGGCUCGGACACUCAUGAGAUUCUUUUAAGAUCUGUUUGUUUCUGAAAGCUCCCACCAGAUUGUAAUCUACAGCGGACCAGCAUGAGAACAGGCUAAAGCUAAAGGUUUCACCGGCCUCAUGCGGAAGCGCACGGCUCUUGUUCCAGACAGCAGAAGUACAGUGAGGAUUUUGUGGUCUGAUAACAUGAGCAGUUUCAGACAAUGGCAUUGUCAACCCAGAAGGCUGCUUAUUGCUCUUCUGAGCUUGAUGUUGAUUUCACUGGCCCUUUCGAAGCUGCCUGUCUUUCGCACGGACCCAAAGCCUGUGGAGGUGCCGGUGGACCCCGUCUACCGAGAGCGUGUCCAUUCCUAUGUCCGAGGGAUACUGGCCCAAGAAUGCAGAACUUCUUUUGUCCGGAAGAGAAUGGAGGCUGAUCAUUACAGCCCCACACCAGUGCAACAGCCCUUUUUGGACAAGAAUACUGAUUUGCAUCAACAAAUAUUCCAAUAUUCUCCACCGUUUGGUUUCCUGGAUAUGAAGAACAAGCUUAAGGAGAUCCUGGACCUCCUACCAGCCUCCUCUGAGGAGAGACAUGGAGCGAGGGACUGCCGUCGAUGUCUAGUGAUUGGAAAUGGAGGGAUACUGAAAGGAUUGGGGCUCGGACCUCUUCUUAAUCAGUUCGAUACCAUCAUCAGAUUGAACAGCGGUCCUGUGCGAGGUUUCAGUGCAGACGUUGGGAACCGCACCUCCAUCCGGAUGAGUUAUCCUGAGGGAUCCCCGAAGGUCUGGGAAGACACCGAUGCGGAUCUCAGAUUUGUGGCUGUGAUCUAUAAGUCUGUCGACUUUGACUGGCUUCGUGCGAUGAUUACCAACACGUCCGUGUCGCUGUGGGACUGGCUGUUUUUCUGGCAGAAUGUGCCGGUGAGUGUCCCGCUCAAGGCCUCCCAGUUCCUUCUGCUGAAUCCAGAGAUUAUUCGAGAGACGGCCUUGGAUCUGCUUCACUAUCCCAGUAUUAGAAAACGGCUGUGGGGCUGGGACCAGAAUGUCCCUACGUUAGGGGUGUCUGCACUCAAUCUGGCAACAUAUCUGUGUGAUGAGGUGAGUCUAGCAGGCUUUGGCUAUAACCUCAGUCAGAAGGACGCUCCUCUGCAUUACUACGACCACAGACUCAUGACAUCCAUGCUGAAGGAAGCCAUGCAUGACGUGCAGACCGAGACGACUUUCCUCAAGAGUCUGAUAACAUCGGGCAUUAUUACUGACCUCACGGGAGGAAUCCACUGCAACUUCUGUUGAAGGACAGACUCUCUCAGUGACACGUGUGAAGAAGAAUUCACACAAGUGAAGGAAUAACUUAAAAACAAUCAUUGAAAGACUACUGUUGAACUGCUGAGUAUUUUACCGUUUACUGCUGUGAUACUGAUGCGCUGUUCUAUUUUAGAUCAAAACUAAUGUCACAAAAAUAUGAAGGUUUUAGAUUAAACUUUUAAUUUUGAUGUUAAGUGUCUUUUGUUUUAAAAAGAUGUUUCGCCAAAGUAUUUAAUUUUAAGAUGUUUGGUGUUUUUUUUGUUUGUCUAUACAAAUGUUUAUAUUAAUAUGCAUUAUAACUUUUAUUCUAAUUCUGGAUGUGUGAACAUGCAAGAUAUUAUAAUUUAUCAUUUUCUUGAAGCAUGUUUUUUGUUAAUGUUACAUCAGUAAUAAUUUGUUAUAUCAUUGCAAUAACUGUAUUAUUCCAACAGAUGGAGCCGUUGUUGUAGAACAUAGAACUGAACAGUCUAGUAAACCAUUUGUAAAGAGAAACUGCAUCCAUCUUUGCUUCAUUCUUGAAUUUAGGUCUUUUAAAUUGUUUGCUGUAUUUAAUGGGCUAAUUAACGCUAGCCUGUCUGAUGAAGAAAUGCUACUCACUGAUACAGCUGCAAGACAGUAUUGAGAUUUUCACAUUUUCACACUUCAUUCAGCAGGACAAACAUUUUCACACAUACCACGUAUAUAUGUGUGUGUGUGUGUGUGUGUGUGUAGUUUCCGAGCAGUUUUACAGACACCCAUGUGUUCGCAUGUCUUUGGCAUUCUUGCUUCAUUGCUUGCUUCAACAAUGUGUGUCUUGUGUUUAUGCUGUGCAUGCAAUAAAUGUUUUAAAAGUG